AGGAUUUUCAUGAUGGCCUUGGCACACAACCUGAAAAUUGGGCAACAUCAUGAUGGGCUGCUCGGCAUGACGGACAAUGUGGGGUUCGACAAAUGCACCUUGAACGGAAGUAAGGCGCACUUUACUUGGAUGUGCGGGUUGGCAAAACAAUGGCAAGGCAAAGCCAUGUCAAGCAGGGGCAAAGACAUGGCAAGGCAAGGCAAGGCAAGGCGGGACAAGCAAUGGCAAAUGAUACGGGCAGAUUUGAUCAAGUCGGGGGCGACUUGACAUGGGCGGGCAACUGUGACAAUGAAUGUGUGCGGCUAAGUCAGCGGGCGGCGAUUUGUGGCAAUGACAUUAGCGCGGAGCAGUGUCAAAGGCAAGGUUGGGCGCAAUACCAGCCUUGGCACAAAGCAGCUGGGCAAAAUCAGACACAUGUUGUGCACAAGCAGCAGUUGGAAAACAUGUGCAAAGCACAUGGGAAGUAGUUGGCAGUUGCAACCUCUUCCAAGACAUGCUGAUCAUGGCCUAAAAGUGUGCCCACGUUUUUGUACUUUGU